UAUUCAGAAAAUGAAACAGAACUAGCUUUUAACUUGUGUCCACAAAUGUGAUGACGAAGGGCACAACCGGCUAUCAACAUGGCGGAUGAGGACCACGAUGUUGAGAAUUUUGACGAUGAUGACCUGGACGAGGUAGAAGAUGAGCCUCUUGAUGAAGUAGAAAAUGCUGAUGAUGAAGGCGAGCAGGUGGAUGUGUUACCAGCUUCAGAUGGAGGACAGAAGGUAGAACCCAAGGAGAGAGUGACAACACCCUAUAUGACAAAGUAUGAAAGAGCGAGAGUUUUAGGCACCAGGGCACUACAGAUAGCCAUGUGUGCCCCUGUAAUGGUAGAACUGGAGGGAGAAACUGAUCCUUUACACAUUGCCAUGAAGGAACUGAAAGCACGAAAAAUUCCAAUUAUUAUUAGGCGAUAUUUACCAGAUGGAAACUUUGAGGACUGGAGCAUCGAUGAACUUAUUAUUAAUGAUGUAUGACACAAGUCAAUCCGUUGGUGGAGAAUGUAUAUACUGAUCAUUGGAGUACAAACCUCUCACAGUUGACAGGCCAUAGGUUACUAUAUAUAUAUAUAUAUAUAUAUAUAUAUAUAUAUAUAUAUAACCAAGUGGUCAUCUUGGGAUGGUUGAGUUAUCCCUGAACUGCUCAGUGGCCAAUUGGGGAGUUAGGGCUAUUGGACAUAUUACCACUUUGAUCCUUGGUAGAGUGGUAACCUAUAUAGAAACAAAUUGUACAUUUUUGUGUCAUUGCAAUAAGCCCUUUAUUUACAAUGAAAGUUGGAUACAUGUUUGUAAUGUGAAAGAAAGACCUAUUGUAUUUUAACAGAAACUCUCCUUUUGUAAUUUCAUUUUUCCUUGGUUUUGAGAAAACAUUUUUGUAGGAUUGUGCAAACUGAGGAAUGUCAGUUGACAAUGUUAUAUGUUUUUAAUAAAGGAUUUUAUACUUUGUA